UCGUUCUCGCGCGCGCCGCGCUCCCAUUGUUGUGUGCAGUAGACUCGCGACUCUCGGCCCGCCGCGGCCCGUUUCACGCGCUCGCCAACAACGACUAAAACUGCCGGCGAUAAACAAAAUAAUGACCAGUGUACCACAUUACGUGCAUCGCGAGUGCAACAAGCGACAACAGUGUGUGAUAACGAGUAUGUAACGUGCGUGUUGUGUCAAACGGUGUGCGUUUUUCAACGUGUUUUGGAGUUUGAAGGCGCGUGGACAGCGCAAUGCACGUCGUGUUUAGGUGCAAUCCAACGCAAAAUAUAACGGAACACCUCAACCUUAGGCAUUUUAAGUUUAACCUGACAAAAGUUAUCUGUGAUCUCAUUUUAGUUUAGUAAAAAAAACAAUCGCCUAAAUUAGUUACGAGUACAUAAGUGAAAAAAAAACAUUAGACUGAACAAACAAAUGUCAAUCCGGCGCGAAGGACCGUGAAGUUUGAAUUUGGAAACAGACAAAAUGGCGGUUCAGUGAGUGGUCAUGGAUGACAGAUAGUGGAUAGGUUGUGGUGUUAGUGGAUGGGAUAAUGGAAGUUGGGGCGUUGGGUUCGUGAAAAUGCCGCAUGCUCAUUCGAGUUCGGCGGCGAGCUCGGGCGGCGACGACCUGGGCUCCACUGAUGAGGUCAAGGUCUUCAAAGACGAAGGCGACGGAGAAGACGAGAAGCGGAGCUCCGAGAAUUUACUCGAAGAGAAGUCCAGUCUAAUCGAUUGGACGGAAAGUGAGGAGAAAUCCGGCGAGCCUUACCCCGGUAAACUAUCGGUAAAGUCGGACCUAAGCCCUGUGUUUGGUAAAUUCGAGCCGCAUCCUGCUGCCAGUUUCAACAUGGGUUACCUCAUGGCGCCGUACCCCUACCCCAACGGUGGGGCGCAUCCCCUGCCCGUCUCAAUGUUUAUCGACAGCGGCAUCGACCGUGUCCCAUCACUACAGACGGGUAAGAUGGGCCUGCCUGCGGGAGGAAGUCUCUCCCUCUUCUGUCCUGGUGGAGAACUGGGACAGCCACCACCAGCCCAUAUGGGCAUACCCCCGCCAUACCAGCUCGACUCUAAGUUAGCGGCCGGUCUGGCGCGGACUCCCAUGUACCCCUUCCCAGGGGGUACAUACCCCUACCCCAUGCUCAGUCCAGAGAUGUCACAAGUUGCAGCGUCAUGGCAUACUCCAAGCAUGUACCCAAUAUCUUCAGCGGCGAGUGGCUUCAGGAGUCCUUACCCCACGUCGUUGCCUAUUUCUAGUUCUAGUCUAUCGAGUGAAUUGUACCGGUUUUCUCCAACACUGGGCGGAGGCCUAGGGCUGGGCUUAGGGCCUGCGCUCGUGCCUCCUCCCCCCUCUAAGUCAGACCUCGACUCACAUCAUUCAAGAUAUGCAAGGUCACUAGAGAAAGGCAGCAGCAGUUCUUCAAGCGACAAGCCUUCAGACAGUUCAGCGAAUUCGAACAACAAGGAACAAAACAAGAAACCUCAUAUAAAGAAACCCCUUAACGCCUUCAUGCUCUAUAUGAAGGAAAUGAGGGCGAAGGUAGUCGCCGAAUGUACCCUCAAGGAGUCAGCAGCCAUCAAUCAAAUACUUGGCCGACGGUGGCAUUCGUUGAGCCGCGAGGAACAAGCAAAGUACUAUGAGAAAGCGAGACAAGAGAGACAGCUCCAUAUGCAGCUGUAUCCCGGGUGGAGCGCCAGGGACAACUACGGUUACGGCUCCAAAAAGAAAAAGCGGAAAAAGGACCGCAGUCCCGCAGAGCUGGGAGGAAAUAAUUUGAAGAAAUGUCGAGCGAGAUACGGUCUCGACCAACAGAACCAAUGGUGCAAGCCUUGCAGCCCCGAGUCAAGUAGCGUGAUGGUAUCGGGAGGGCUGGGCCUCCUGCGGCCGGAGCCGACGACGUCCCUCCCGGCCUCCAGCCUCGUCAGCCCGCAGGAGCCCACCUACGUUAACCUCUAGUGCCGGCGCCCCGCCGACGGCCACGCAACGGCGGAAGAAGAAGUGCGUUCGCUACAUGGAAGCGUUGGCGGCGGCGUCGGGGACCGUGGCGAUGCCGAUGGCGACGCCGCAGUCGCCCUGCUCUGAAGAAGACGUUAAGCUGGAGGAGAUGUCGGACGCGUCGAGCUCGGGCGACGCCGACACGCCGCUGUCGGCGUCCAGCCCGGGCGGGCUGAGCGCGCUGUCGUCGCUGGCCUCGCCCGCCAGCGAGCCGGCCGCGCCGCCGCGCCACCCCGUGGGCACCAACCCGCGCGACGCCAACAACCCGCUGUCCGUGGGGCAGCUCACCUCGCAGACGUGGCCGCGCGCCGCGCCGCGCCCCGGACACGAGGUCAUCUCGGUCUCCUAGUGCCGCGCGGACCUCGCAGUGCAGUGCGGGCCACUCGCGCCGCCUCCGCCCGCGGCUCGCGGACCUCACCCGGCGGAGCGCAGCGCGAGUGGUUGACUCGGGACGGGUGGCGCCACCUGUGGGACAGUGAGUGUGACGCCACCGCCACCUGGCGGCCGCGGCGAGAACGAGUGACGGUUGUGAUAAGACGUUAUAGUACCGAUGUUGCUGCAGUUCUCAACUCGUUUGGAGGAAUCCGUAGUGACUAACCUACCUCUGUUGGGCUUUUUGACGAGUAUUGAAUUUUAGGAAUACCAGCACUUUUGUGAACUUUUUAAUUUCGCUAAUUGUAUAGCGAAGUAAGAUUAUAUUCAUAAACAUAAAAGAUACCGUUUUUUCAUGUAAUAAAGUAAAAGGGCCUAAUGUUUAACUAAUGUAAUGAAACCGCACCAAGUGCUGGGUAUUCCCUGAAGUCAAGUCGUUCAACUUGAGAGUGGCUACAGCACUUCAGCCUAAUUCUACAGUAACGAUACUUUAAGUAGUCCAUUCUUCAGUCGAAGUGAUCUCAAAAUUGUGAGCCCGAAUCGAGUCAUUUAUAGUGCAUUUUUAUCAGACCCACGCUUUUAGUAACCGAAUGUGAACAACUUUCUGUAAUACUAGUCACAUAUUAAUGUGCCAUCAUUUUCUAUUUUUAGACACCUUUCACACAAUUUUGUAGUCCAAGAGUUUCUAAUUUUGAUUCUUCUUAAGAUAUUUCCUUAGCCCGAAUAAAACUGAAAAUACUAAAUUAAAUGUAAGUCAAAUCACAUCACCAGUCAAAAAAUAUUCAGUCAUUAAUUAUUUAUUGUUUGAUUUGCAAGUAAUUUUCUAUUUUACUUUCCAACCAUUCUAUUCUCACCAACAAAAUAAAAGGGUUUCAAAUUAAAUUUUCAUAACCUUCUUUCAUAAAUAAUUUGGUUAAAUAAAAGUGUGGGUUUUUUUACCACCUGUACCUUGAGUAGUCAACAAUAUUUUAGCCAUAAUAUACCACUGAUUUCAAUCAAAUUAAUUAACCAAUGCAUCUUUUCAAUAUCACUGUUGUUUUAAAAUCUAACUAAUGUAAAAACAUCGAAAGAAAAGCAUGCUUGAUUUCAACAGUUUUUGAUUUUUAAAUAUUGUGACGAACAAUUCUUUCUUGCUCUCUUGAUAUGGACAUUUUAAUACAGGCCUGACUUUCUUGGCGAAAAGGCAUUUCUUAAACAUUGACGAAAUUAUUGGUUUUUAUCAAUGGGACCUUAAUUUUAAUUGCAUGUUAUACAAAAACACACCUUACUACCCAGUUAUAUAAUUCACUUUAAAUUGAUGGACACUAACUAAAAUACGUACUUUGUUGAAAACGUUUAGACAGUGUUUAUCAAUAUAAAGUGUACCAUUUUACUGUAUUUUAAAAUGCAAUGAAGGUUGUGUUUCUGUUUAAACUUACUGACUAAACACAUAGUCAAACUUAUUACAUUAUUCAGUUUAUUUUAUUCCACUAUUCAAAUUUAAUACUGUGACUAUCAACCGUAUUGUGAUUUUAGUAAAGUUCUUAAUCAUCUGUCUUUUAUUGCAUUAAGGACUUUAUUUCAGUGGCAAUAAUGUUCAAAAUAUAAUAAACUAUUCGCCCAAAGGAUUCAGAAAUAAGGUUUGUUAUAUAAUAAGGUUAUAAAAUGCAUUCUCGUCAUUUGAAAGAAAGGCUUGGUGUUCUUAACUUUCCUAAGUACGGCCUGCACCAGAUAAAGGUUCCAUAGCGAUAUAGAGUUUCAAUUUAGUUAUUAAAAUGUUUUCCCUUCGCAAAUGCUUGUGUAUAAAGUUAUUGUUAAGGCGAGCGGAGGGAAAAAUGUUUUUCCGUUGUACGGAACUUGUUAGACUGUCGUAGAUUAGACUAGGCACGUUGUAUGAGUGAAGUAUAUCAUAAGGUGUUGUGCCGAAUGUGCUUUGUACAAUAUUAUUAGUUUAAACUACAACAGAAAGUGGAAACAUGAGAUUUGUUAUGAUUUUAUGAUGUAAAGCAAGCGUGUCUUGCUAGUAAAAUUGGUAUUUAUUGUAUUGUUGAAUAACACAUCUUUACAAUAGUAAAGAUUGCAUGUUGAAUGUAUUAAUAAUUUUUAACGUUGAUGAUUUUUUAAAUAAUUUCCCACUUUUUGUUCACGUUCAUGGUCUAGUACAAUUUUAAAACAGCGCCAUCUACCAUUGGACUCUAUGCAACUGAAUAGUUCAAGUAAUUUCCGCAAGAUGGCAGCCUACCGUGGCACUUCGGGACAACACCACUCUGUAUAUGUGUAAAGUACAUACAUGAUGUAAAAAUAUAGCUAUAAUCUAACUGUGUCAUAUUAGUAUAUAAGUGUACUAUGCUACUUACAUAUGUAUACAUUAUUAUUAUAUAAAGAAAGAAGUUUAAAAGAAAAAAUAUUAGUUAAAUACUGACUCGAAACUGAAAUGUUUGGUACAUACGAAGACACAAGAUAUUUUAUAAUUGGCAACCCCCGAUAGGAGUCAAAUUUGUAAAUAAAUUUGUAAUUCACGAAUAUAUAGGACAUUUUGGUAUAAAAAUAUUGCAUUUAUAUUAUUAUUAAAAGCGAUUAGUGCCCUCGGAAUGUUCUCGGAUGGUUUGUUUUGUCCAACAAAUGAUUUUUGUUAAUUACUUUUUAUUGUUAUUAUUAAGAAUUUUAACGUUGUUACUUGAAAUGCCAACCCUACAUUGAUUGAUUGAUUUAUAAAUUCUGCUCUCGGUGAUUGAAAAUUAAAUUUUAAUCGGAUAUUAUACGUGACCAAGGAAAUGCAACUUAUAUUAACUGACGAUGUAAUAUCAGCAUGUUUACAAUAUGACAGAAUUAUCAUGAACAUUAUCAUAUAUUGAUUAUUCGUACGAUUUUGCAUGAAAUCCGAAUUUGUGCAAUACUAAAUAAAUGGGUACUGUAUAGUUUUCUAAAUAUUAAAUUAGAUUUUCUUAAAAUUAAUUAAUAAGGUCUAUUUUUGAGUUUUAUAGAGAAUGAUGGAUUUGAUUUUUUAUACUUAUCGAAAAGGAAGUUUUUAUUUUUAAUAAUGAUUUUUAUCCCGUGCCAAAACCAUCUAGAACUACAGAUUGCCAGGGAAUAAGACCAGUUAUGACGAUAUAAUGUCUGUGCCAAAUUUAUGUACGAAACCCGCAGGUAUCAUACCUAACUUGUCUUUAUGUUGAUAGAUUUUAUAGGUUGUUUUUUAUUGUUAAGAGGGUAAUGACAGAUGGCUCUUACGUUGGGCCAGUUAUUUUUUGUAGAGAAAAAUUGACAAAUUAGUAAACUCAAUUAUUAGGUCUGGUCCCAUGUCUUGUGUUCAGUUGAACGAAUAUUAUUUUAAUAAACAACUUAAAAAUUGUA